UGAUUUGUGUCCUGGAUCUUUGACAUUGGAGCGUUGUGAAUAUGGUGAUGGCACAGGAUGCCAAGCAUUCCCGUGUUGUGACGUGUGCAGCCUCAAGUCUGGCAAGACGGUGACACCACCCACCUCCUACCUUCUCCUCUGCCAGCAGCAAACGGACGAGUGCCCAGACACCAACACCACAAUAAUGUCGACCACCACGACCACCACCACGACCACCACCACGACGGAGGAGCCAACUUCCGCUGCCAGCCUCGCCGCAAAGUACGGCACGACAAAGCUCUACCUGUCCUCUGGCAACGGACCCGUCUACCGCACCGUCAUCAAGUCGCCCCUCCGCGACGCAAAGCCCAGCGAGAUCCCCAUCAUCGACGUCUCGGGCAUCUUCUCGCCGGACCUGCAGGACCGCCAGCAUGUCGCCAGCCAGAUCCGCGACGCCGCCACAAACAUUGGCUUCUUCUACAUCAAGAACCACGGCGUCGACGAGGCCGCCAUCAACAACGCGUACAACGCGGCGCUCCAGUUCUUCCGCCAGCCGCUGGACCUGAAGCUGCGCGCAAACUCGUCCCAGUCGGCCUUCUUCAACGGCUACAAGCCCCCCGCGACCCAGCGGCUCAACCCCACCGAGUCCGUCGACGUGCGCGAGUCCUUCUCCUGGCAGUACGACCCGCGCUACGACCCUUCUGUGGGCGGCAAGCUCGAGGACAUCCCCGACGAGGUCCGGGCGCAGCUGCGCAUGGAGGACUUCCACUGGCAGCAGACGAGCCACCUGCCGGGCUUCAAGGCCGCGCUGGUCGAGUACUGGACGCAGGCGCUGCGCAUGGCGCGGGCGCUGGUCAGGACCUUUGCGCUGUCGCUGGACCUGGACGAACACUUCUUUGAUGACAAGUUCAGCCACCCGGACGCGAACCUGCUGCUGAACUAUUAUCCGCCUAUCCCGAAACCGGCCAGGGAGAGUGCUGAGAGCGCGAUGGAUGAUGGGGAGAAGGUAUCGAUUGGGUCCCAUUGCGACUUCCAGUUGUUCACCUGUCUGUACCAAGACUCGGUCGGCGGCCUGCAGGUCCUCAACCACGACGGGGAGUGGCUCAGCGCCAAGCCCGUCGAGGGCACCUUUGUCGUCAACAUUGCCGACUACCUCCAGCGCAUCACCAACGACCGGUACGUGAGCACCGUGCACCGCGUGCAGAACUGGAGCGGUAAAGAGCGCGUCAGCAUCCCCUUCUUCUUCGGGUUCAACCUCAACGAGAGCUGCGGCGUGCUCGACAGCUGCGUCGGCCCCGGCGAGGUGAAAAAGUACGACGAGAUCAGCUGUGUCGACUGGGUCAGGAGGAGGGCCAAGAUGAUGCAUGACACGAAGGGAGCGAAGAGUGCGGAUCGGGCAGACUAGUGGUCUAUCAAUCAAGCCAGGCUCUGCUGUGCCGAUGAAAAGAAUAUAUAAAACAUCAAAGAGUGCUUCAAACCUUGAAACGCUGUAGAUCUCUCGGGCGGCAGCUUUUGGGAGACGCAUCUAAGGCUGUGUGCAACAAUUAGUAUGGAGAGCACUUUACAUGCUCGCCAACAAUCACACCCCGUGUCUCACAACCCGUCACCAUAAUGAAAAUGACAGU